AUGCCUGCUCCACUCGCUCGAGGAAUAAUCAUCACGGUCAGCGUGCUGGUAGCGGCAAGUUUGGCCGCCUAUGAGAACCCUCAAGUGCGAGCAUGGAUCGAUCGAACCAGACGCAAGAUUGCUAUGGGCCUUCACUCACUCGGCGACGAAAUCCACCCAAAACCACGACCUCGCCGUACGUCGACCGAUGUCUCAAUGCGCGAGGAGAAAGGUGAAAUGGCGGAAGCCCGGAGACAGCGAGCGAUCGCUGAGAUCAUGGAACGUGGUCGCAUCAUAGAAGAAAGAAGAAAGAGGAGGAAAGUCGUCAGUCCUGAUCAAGCCCCUAUACCGAGUUUUGAUACAAUGGUGGACGAAAAUGGGGUGCUGUUGAAGCCCUUAGAAGACCAUCAGCCCACACCAAUGGCAAGCACAUCUGGUAUCGACGCUCUGGCUCAAUCCGGGACCCUGCGCCAGAGGACAGGGGGAUCGAAAUCAGAGGCCACUCCUUCAGCCCUGUGUGAGUCUGUGGACGCUUCUCUUCCUUUGAGACACUUGCCGCAAACGCCUGUGAAUCACGCUGAGCAGAACAAUCCAUUUGAAUCGAGGUACGAGCGGGAAAUGCGUGACGCUUGGCAUAUCCCUCUCUCAGAACGACACAUCGAGAUUCCAUCAAGCCAUGCAUCUGAAAGCCUGAUUGAGCUUACACCGACUACUGAGGACGCCCCUGACCCUGAUUUCUCCAUCCCGUCCGCCGAAUAUCUUCACCACCCACUGGAACGGACAGAAUAUUUUUCUGCUGCGGCGUCAAACUCCACACACACCUUGUCAAACCACGAGUUACACACUUCUCUUCCGGUCCAGAGUACAUAUCCGAAUCUCCCUGGAGCGGUUCCGGAUCAAUCUUCUCCCAACAGCCACACUCCCGCCUCGACUACCCCUAGCAUCAAUGCGAGUGUUGGUGAUAUUCAUGCAAGCGAAGCGGAAGGAAGCGCCGAUGAUUUCCUGAGUGAAAUAGGAGACGGUAUUCGUACACCUGCAAGUUCUUGGACUGAAGUUGAUAGUACAGCCAGUGGCGAUUUCAACUUGUAA